UGCUGUGGAAGGUGUUGGGGCUGUGCGGUGCCGGGGAGGCAGCAGCAAGAGUCUGUGUGAGCAACAGCAGGAUGGAGGAGCCCAGUGGGAACCUUCCCAUCCGGAGAGACAUCCUCCUCUCCGAGUCGUGCUGCGGUCACGUCACCGUAACAAACCUGGUGGAAGUGCUGAGAUCUUUGGUGGCUUUAACUGACCCUCAGGAGGGGAAGCUGACUCAGUCUCAAGAGAAAGCACUAAACUUGCUGAGCAUUUGGAAAACUGUAUUUAGAGUUGUUCCUGGGCCUACAUCAAAGACCUCAGUGGAGUGACAGCUCGAAGAUGGGAGACCAGGAGGCAGGUGAGCCUUUUCUGGGGAUAGUGGCUGAUGGUGCCAGAGACUACGAAGGAGCUCUGCCCUCAGACACAGUGUCACUCAGCGAUUCUGACUCUGAUGACUUGGGACUGCCAGGUGAAGCAGAAGUUGAUACAAUAUCUCCUGAGGAGCCCUCUGUAGAGGAAGGGGAUUUCAGAUCAGGAGAGACACCUGACUCUUCAAACAGCAGGCACAGAUCUCCUGUCCAGCCAUUCCACCUGAAGGGCAUGAGUUCUACGUUCUCUCUCCGUAGCCAAAGCAUUUUUGAUUGCCUGGAAGAGGCAGCCAAGCUGUCUGUGCCCUCAAUGCCUGAAGAUAAUGUUGUUGAUGGGAGGUUUAAGCGUCCAUUGCCUCCGACCACAGUUUCAGGUAACACGGUCCCAGAAAACAUGGGAAGGCAAGGCAGACCAGUGCAGGCUCCCAAAACCUCUCCUGCAGUGCCUGACUAUGUGGCACACCCAGAGCGCUGGACCAAAUACAGCCUAGAGGGAGUUUCUGAGUCCAGUGACAAGACUAACAGGGCAGUGGCCAUGGAAUUUCUAGGUGCUUUGAAGAAAAGAGGGGAGCAACAGAGCUCAGCUACUCAAGAUAGCUACACCCCAUCCUUCAACCAGGACCCUUCCAGCUGUGGAGCUGGGAGGAUUGUCUUCACCAAACCAACUAAAAGAGGUGUUGAUGGACUGGAAAAGAAAACAUCAACAGGAGAGGAUGAUAAAGAUCAGAAAGGAAAAUCUCUUAAAAAGACUGAUGACUUGAGGGAAGAAGAUAAGGUUGAGCUGGGACACUUAGACAGUGACAGUGGAAGGGCAGCAGAGGAGGAGGACUGCAUGAUGGAGGGGGACCAGAACACAGAAUAUAAACCUGAUGCAAGGCUUAGUGGUGCAGGUGAAGAGCCAUCGUUGGGAACAGUUGGAUUCCACUGCAGUAAGAAGAAAAGCAGGAAAAAUUUCCGACCUAAAGUAGAUGAUGAAGGGGAGGAGGAGGAGGAGUCCUGAAGAUUGAAGCACAUUGGAGACAUGCCAGAACUUGUCUUGUUCAUUUUUUUUUUUCUGGUCUGAAAACCAUGUGAUAGCUUUCUGUCCAACAGUUUGCAUCAUAGCCACCAAGAACUUUUAAUAUUUUAGAAAUUAAGCUACCUAAAAUAAACCCCAGACUUUCUGUUUAUGAGAAGCUCAUGGUAACAGGAUAGUUGCAUCCUGGCAGGAGGGAAUAAAGUGUGCUUUGUUUGCUUGAACAGCUCCCUGGGUCUUGCUUUGGAGCUGAAGUAUCCAAAGAAACAGAAGUGUUAGCUAAAAGGCUGCAGGGCUUCCUAGUAACUCUCAGUUUUUGGAAUUGGUCCCAAAUCCUGUGGAAUCCUAGAGAAAAGGUGAUGAGCUCAUUAUGUAGAGAUGUUUAAACAAUGAAAAUAAAAUUUAGUCUUCCACUGGAUGUGAUUUCUCCUGGCUCUCCCCCAGGAAGGAAAACCCUUUAACUUUUUUGUUUAAAAACAUCCUUCUCUCAUUGCCUUUGAAGGUGAAAGCACAACAGUGCCGUUAUGUGAUGUGAUGAUCUGCACCUUUGUAUGUCCUUUCCAGGAGGUGUUGCUUCCAUGCUGAUUCUGUAUGUGGAUUGGGGUAUUUGUGGAAAUGAGAUUCUUAUGCCAGAACUGGAGACUUUUUUGUUCUAUGUGAUACAAUAAACUUUCAGUUGUAACUUGA